CCUCUCCGUCCGUCUAGUCCAGUGACCAGCGCCAUAAAGAAUUUAGCUGGUUAGUAUCGUAUCCAGGGGUAAGAGCGAUAAACUUCUCUUUCUCUGCCCCCCCAACCAUAUUAUCGAUUGCGCUCUCCUUGUUACAACACGUCCCCCAAAAAAUAAUAUCGUCCAUUUCUACUUCUACGUUUUAUUUUCAUCACCGCGUUGUCGCAGGGUCUUCUUCAUUAGCUUGAAAGUAGUCCUGAAGGUGGUGGGAUCCUCACUUUUGUUCGUCGUCCAAUCAAUCGCAUCAAAACGGGCGCUUGUUCGCCGGUCGCAGGGACUUAAUCGACGUGUCAAACUCGCUGCACCGUGAUCCGUCAAUCCCGUCCCUUCAUCACCAACCGCUACUAUCUGGGGAAUGAGACUCGUACGACAUCAGCUUGAGCCCAUUCAGUUCCAUUGAUAUCAGGAAUUUUCAGGCGCAAUACGAAGGUCACCUUUGCGCGCGAGUUUAGUAAGGUGGAGAUAAUCGCGUCGCUCUCACUAUUUCGGCGCGCAGAAUCAGAUCAUUCGAGCAGAAUCUCGCGCUUUCAUCGCCAACAACACACCACAAACAGAUAAAGAAAGACCUCAUUGACUUGAGAUCUUCCGAUAGUCUACAUAAAACGAACCACAAUGUCUUCCACGCGCCACCUUCCCGAAAAGCGCAACGCGCUGCUCAUGGUCGAAAAUGCUCCCAAGUACGAGAGCCUAGUCGAGCGCCGUCGCCUCGGCCAGACCGACUUGCAAGUUAAGGCGAAGCAGCUCGGCACGUUCGACUACGCGCACCUUCGCGCGCCGCUGCCCAAGAACGUCGUGUCGGGCAUCUUCAAGCCCGCGCCAGCGAGCUACUUCCUCAUGCGCCGCUCAAACGACGGAUAUAUCAGCGCGACUGGCAUGUUCAAGGCGACUUUCCCCUACUCUGAGGUCCACGAGGAGGAGGCCGAGCGCAACUACAUCAAGAGCCUCGCGACCACAAGCCCCAACGAGACUGCUGGAAACGUCUGGAUCUCGCCGACGCACGCGCUUGAGCUGGCCGACGAGUAUGGUAUCCGCGUAUGGAUCAAGGCACUCCUCGACCCUACACCUAUUGUCGUGAACCCCAAGGGAGAUACGACCCCCAAGAAAAUCUCGCCGCCACCUACCUUCCUCCUUGCGCCCGAGGACCUCGCUGCCCCAACCGGUUCGAGCGGUCGCUCCGGUGAGGCACUGAGGAGAAGCAGGAGGAGCGUGAGCCCGAGCAAGAUCGCGAGCCCGCUGAAGAAGACAAUCGCUACCCCGCGAAAGCUGAAGCAGCAGAAGGCUGCUUCGGAGGAGAGCGCGAGCGCGUCGAGCAAGAGCCUGCAACAGGCGCUGAAGUCGGCUACUAAGCCCGAGGGAUCUCCAAGCUCGUCAGUUGCUGAGAAGGAGGACGAGACGGCAAGCCCAGAGCCAAAGAGGAAAUCCAAGGCUGCAAAGGCGGAGGUGGCUAAGGCCAGUGCGGCGAAGACUGAUGCUGAGAAGGAGCCUAAGGUCAUUGUCCAGGUUGACAAGGAGGUCAUUGUCGAGGGCGAUGUAGAGACAACGCACACGCACGUCGAGGUUGAGAUGCCAGCUGGCUUCGCCGAGCUGCCCCUACCUGAAGACACGGAGGCCAUGAUCGCCAAGGCGAAGGAGAUGGUCGAGGCAGCUGUCAAGGCUGACGAGGCGGCCAAGGAGGCGGCUGAGGCUGAGGCGGGGCCCAGCAAACCCGCGGCGAAGAAGGUGAAGAGGAAGGCGGAAGAGGAGGCUGAGAAGGAGAACGAGGGUGCGGCGCCGGCGAAGAGGGCUAAGGUCGAGAGCGACCUGAAGAAGGAGAAGGUGCGGGCGAGAGCGCUGAUUGGUAUUAGUGCUACGUUGGCUAUCGGUGCUUUAAUCCCCUACGUGAUGGGCGCCUUCUAGGUGCCGCAGGUGGUUAAAAAAGUUUAAUUUAUAAUGGGCGCGACGCGUCUAAACCCCUUGUCUAUUUGUCGUCUCUCUCGUCUCGUUCCGUUUCGAAUUUAUCUCGGCGUUGAGUGAGGCUUGUUUUUUCUAGGGGCUUUUCUAUGGUGUGGUUGUGGUUGAGGUAUCCGAUAUUACGCACCCUUUCUAUACAUGAGAGAGUUUGUACGGCACCAUAGGUUGUGGGAUACCCAGGGCUUUUGCGAGUGUUGGGGAAGGGAAGGAGGGGGAGAGGGAUGGUCCGCAGGGUUGUCGACAUUGGACCAGGAUGAUGUGGAGGUGAUGGGCGGAUGUGUGAUGGGACGGGGGGAUAUUAUGGGUGGAGGUUUGACUGGCUGGUUUGAUAGGAAGUUGUAAUUCUCGAGUUGUUCUUGUCUACUAUCUUAUGGGCGGGGAGUUCGAUGGCACUUGCUUUAUUAGUUUGAAUGUGCAAUGAGGGAAUAUGUGAAGCUUCGUGUGGUCCCGUUGAUGAUUUUCUACCUUUGCGCCGUAAGAGUAAUCGUGCCACCCAGAAGUCUGUA